CUGAGAACACGUGUGGCGGGACGUUGAGAGGGUCCAGUGGGAUCAUCUCCAGCCCUGAAUUCCUCAGUGACCUGUCCAACGCUGGGGAAUGUAAGUGGACGGUGCUGGCUGACCCCGGAGACACCAUCUCACUGGUGUUCACCGACUUCCAGAUAGAGGACAAACACGGCUCUCUGGAGAUAGAAGGAUCAGAGCCGCCCAGUAUCUGGUUAUCUGGUGUGAAUAUACCAGCGCCCGUCAUCAGCAACAAGAACUGGCUCAGACUCCAUUUUGUGACCGACAGGAGUCAUCUAAAUAAAGGAUUCACACUUCAGUAUCAAGGUAAGACACAAUCAACCGAUUUAUUGAAUGAAUUCAUUGUCACGUUUGAUAACCGUAAAAUGUUUGUGUUUUUCACCUGA